UGCUCGACGUUUUAGUUCAGAAACCAGACGCUAGAUGGUACUUGGGUCGCUCUUACUAUGGAAACGCCGCUAAAUACAAUCUACCCUGGUAAAAUGUCUGAUCAGGGGAAGUUAUUAUCUGAAAACAAAAAAGAUGAAUCUACCCCUGAAAAGCCACCUAUACCACGCCCAAGAUCAGGGAUUAGGCCUGAAAUACCUAGAUCUUCUGCUUGGAGUGAAGAUGAUGACCAUGAAAUUGUAUCAUUCUCAGUCCAAGCUGAAGUUACCUCUGUACAAAAAGAAACAUCAUUUUCCCAUUCGCCAACAGUGGAAUCUCAUAAAACAACACCUGGUGAAAUUUCUCCAGCACGUUCUUCUGUACCAUCAUCUCCAGCUAGAUCAGAUACAGAAUUCAUCAAGAAAAGAGCAUUUGUUGUAUCUCCAAUGGCUGCAAAGCAUCAGAAUAUAGAAAGUCCUGAUAUUAGACAUAAACUUGAUACUGGAGAAAGCAGUGGAAAAAUCAGUGAAAUAUCAUCUAUUAGAAGUGGAACUUCUAUUUCAGAUAACAAAACUUAUCGAGAAAAAAUUAGAGAGAGAGUUCAAGCAGCUAAGGAAAGAGCCCUGGCAGCUGGUGCUUUUAAACCAAAAAUGCAAAGGAUUAAAUCACCAACUGACAGUAAAUCUGAAGAGUUUGACAAGGAGGAAGACAAAAUCGAAGAAGCACUAAAAAAACAUAAGGAAAUAAAAUCCAAAUGGAAGGUAGCAACAGCAUCUGUUCAUGUUGCCAACAUUCAGUCAGGUUAUGAAUUUUUUAGCAAAGGUUGGGAGCCUCCAAUCAAAUCUUCCCUUGAAGAAAAUGAUUCAGAAGAUGCUGAACAACCACCAAAAGGAGAAUCAAGCGAAGAUGAGAAGCUUUUAAUAAAAGAUAUUCUUGGAUCUAGAGAAGGUGACUGGUUCCCUCUAUACAAUCACCUGGCUCCGGAACUAACAGACUGGUCAGCAAUGAAAGAAAAACAAGUUGGUCUUUUUUUUUGCCCAUCAACAUCUCCAGUCCCUGUAGAAGAAAAACUUGAACAAGACACAUCUCCUAGAUUUAUUGAAGAUGAAGGCCUUUAUGUCGGAAAAAGAACUAAAGUUUCUUGGAAGAGGCGGAAUAAAUUAGAACAAAGAAUAAUGGCUAUGGGUUCUGAAAAAUUUUGGUUUGGUGAAGAUGGUGAAAUUAAAGGUAUUCAAGAUCCAUUAGAAUACAGUAGCUUUAAUAUAUAUCUCGAUGAUGAAGUACCUCCUGAAUUGCAGGUUGAAUAUGUUCCUGCUAAAAAAGAUAAACCUGGUGCCCUUUCCGUGACUGGAGACGAAGUUUAUUUAUUGGAAAUUGAAGUUGGUCAUAUUGUAUUCAGGCACCAUCCUUUAUUUUCUAGAGAGCAUUGUAUUGCAGAGAGAUUAAGAUCUUUAUGUGAAGUUAAAGAGAGCCCAGCAGUUCGGAUAGGUGGAAGGCUUCAAGCUCUUCGGAAUUCUCGGGACCAUCUACUUAAAUUAUAUUCAGUUACUGAAGAUCAAUCACUUUUAGAAAGAGCUAAUAGACUGCGUAAAGAAGUCAAAACUAUGAGGAUAGAAUGGCUUCAAGAAAAAAAGAAAGAAAGGCAACAUCUCAAAAAAAUUCUGGAAACAUGGCGUGACUUGAAAAUAAUAAGAGAAAAACAGGGUUACAUUAGUUCUAUUUAUAAACUGAGGAUCGUAAGUCGAGACGAGGAUGAUCAUGAUUGGGACAAUGAGCUUAAGGCGUAUCUAGAUGAAUUAUUGGAAGAAGCAGAGGAAGAAUAUAAAAGUGAAAUGGAAGAAUACCAAGAAAAAUUGAAGAAGUGGAAUAAAUUGAAACAGAAAAAAGAAGAAGGAAUAAGUUCUGAAGACGAGGUAGAAUCUUUUCCUGAGGUCGAAUUGAAAGAACCUACGAAACCGAAAAAGCUUAGAGUAUCGACACUAGAAACAAUGAUAAAAGAAGAGUUAUCAGAAUGCUUAAGACCACCUGGCGAACCAGCAAUUGAAGUUUAUUUAUUGGAAGAUUUAAAUAUAACACAAAAUACUGAAAACGCUAUGGAAGAAGAAAGACGAAAAGUAACAAAACAGUGCCAAAUUGCUGUCUCUCUCCAGGUAAAUGGAAAACAGGUAGAUAAAGCUACUGGAACUCAGAUGGAUGAAAUGUUUACAUCUCACUUAAAUCAUAGAUUCUGUCUUAAAUUACAAUCCCAGCCUUCUAGUCUGUCUCUACUGAUUACUGAGGCCGGACAUCCAAAUCUUUUUGGUAAAAAAAUUAUCGCUCAAAUUUUCAUACCAAUACCAGGAAGAAUAAAUACUGAUUCUGCAGAAUGGUGUGACUAUGAAUUCAGCUGUGGGGAACGUGUAGGACCUUUUAAGCACACAGGUAUAGGUUGUGGACAACUAGAAUUAAAUAUUGGUGAAGAAAAGACUUUAUAUACAAAUGGCCUAUUGGCUGUCCGUGCGGGCUGGGCUGACCCUCUGCCUAACAUUCUUCACCAACCAAAGCCAAAUAAAGUGACAAAGCCAUCACAGAAUAAUAUUCAAAAAUUAAAAGAAUGGGUAGAGGAAGUUCAGUUAGAUCCGAAUGAUCCCAACAAUGCGGAUUUAUUUGAAUACUUAAAGUCAGAAGAAAAUAAGGAACCAAAAACCAAUACUUGUAAUAUAAUGGAGUUCUGUUCAGAAGAAGAAAUAUUUGAAAAUCCGAGAUUUAAAUUGCUUAUGCUCAGACAUGCUGGGCAACCAGAAUUCAGAACUAUGCGAAUGAUACCUUUAAAUGAGAGAGAGAUCCCAAAGGACAUUUUUAAAUUAUAUGAGAAAAGAAUUAGUGGAAGGCAAAAAAAAUCUAAAGGGGGAAGUUUGGAACAAGAGCGAGCUUGGGCAAGAGAAUAUAUUGAGCAAGUGAAGGAAGAAGUAUUAAAAAAAAGUAAGCUUAACCAAGCGAAAACCUUCACAGAUAUGGUUCAUGAAGAACCCGUACCUGAUUUAGGCACUUUGGGCUUAACGUUCAUGAAAUUUCUGCAACCAAAGAGACCUCUUCGUCCAAGGAGAAAGAAAAGGAAAAAAUAUCCUGUAAAAAGCCUUGCUGGUCAACAGUUAGAGAUAAUAAUAAAUAUUGGAAGAGCUUUUGAAGUUCCAGUCAGGAAAGAUUCAAAUGAAAGAAGUAAUGAUGAAAGCUUUUCUGUUGUUCCUGUUCGUCCAUUCAUUGAAGUAACAUUUCAAGGAGAAAGAAGAAGAACAAAUACAGCAGAGGGUGCCAACCCAACUUGGAAUCAGGAUCUCCAUAUCCCAAUUGAUAACCCUCAUCCAAGCUUUAAUCCAGCUGCUCUUCAAUCUUUCAAAGAAUCAAUUCAUAUCCACCUUUUUGAUGAAAAAUUAGUCGAUAUUAUAGACGAUGAUCGACUCAGAGAAACGAAUAUACACCAGAGACUUGAAAAACAUUGGUUGGCCAGCCUGAGGGUCCCAUUUGCAGCACUCUAUUCUAACACUAGGAUUGAAGGAACUUUUCAAAUGUACUCACCACCCGUACUCCUCGGUUAUGAAAGAGAGUCAAAAGAAUUCAGAGAUUCGACGUUUUUAACUAUGUUUCUAAUAGUUCAUCCACCAUUACAUCCUCCAUCCCCUUUUCAGGAAAAAAUUGAAAGUAGUGAAGAAGUAUAUUUAGAACAGCAUGUUGAACACUGGUUAGCUGAAGUAAAGAAAGCGUUUCCUAACAGGUAUGUCCCAGCUCUCGUUAUGGACUCUUCUGGGAAGUCAGUUUGUGUCACUAGAUUCUUCAAAGAUAUCAAGCCUCCUGAAUUUUCACCUGAUAUUAAUACAACUCCUGAGAUGGCUGCCAGAUAUGUUGCAAUGAUUCCCAUAAUUUCUGGAAAUAUGCUUUAUCCUGGUUACUUAGACGUCUGGUUGACUGCUGAUCAAGUACUUGGCUUGGGAACUUGUGAGAGUUGUUCGGCUGCUACAUUGCUUGCCUGCUUCCUGAGAGGUUUGGGCCUCCAGACGUGGCUUCUGGUUGGUUCUAGCCUCUCUUCGGGCCCAGUGCUGUACAUACUGGCCAGAUCUGGAGGUGAUACCACCAUUUGGGAUCCCUCCACUGGCCGCUCUUACCCUACGUCUCAUCCAUUCUCUCCUUUAUAUCGAGUCUACUGCCUCAUUGAUGAUACAAAUAUUUGGGUCAACAAUCAGAAGGAUGACUUAUUGUCUUCAACAAGUUUAGAUUUAACGAAAAGGUCAGACUGGUGGCCAGCCUUUGGUAGGAGUGUUGGUGCACCUGUCGGUUCAGUUCAACCAAAUUCCCUUGUUUAUAAACCUACUGCUGAUAGUAGAGCUUUAGAGAGCAGAUUGGAAAAAAUCCUUCGAAAUGCAAUCAUGAAGCUACGCCCCACUUCCAGAACAAUAUGGAACCGCUACUGCUCCUCAUCCCUUAAAAAAUUGUUACCUGGUCUGGAAAAAGCGGCUUGGUCUGGAGAAUCUAAUUCAACGCCUGAUCACAUUCAAGAACUGCAACAUAUUCUAGCAUCUUACAAGAUGUCUGGUUUUCCAAUCAACAUGCCCUACAGCAGUCCAUCUGAGUUAGUUGAUGCUGUGAAGUCUACAGGUGUUCAUAUGAAUGAUGCUCCUGAAAUAGAGUUUUCUGUAGCUGUAUAUAUUCAUCCAUUUCCAAAUAAUGUUAUAUCUGUAUGGGUGUACGUUGCUUCAUUGAUUCGAAGGAGAUAAUAAUUGUCUAAUAGAGUUUUAAAUUUUAUUUAUAUAAAAAAUAAUAUUAAACAUUGUUAUAAACUGUGAAAACAUCCUGUUUAACUAAUAAAUCUGUUUUUAGUUUGCUAUUU